UCGACGCUAGGUUCCGACCGAGAGAUGCAGCCGGCAAGAGUGCGCGUUGUUGCGGUAUUCGCCAAUCUGUUCAGCUAUCUCUGGCCAAGUCAGUCAGAUGGCAACAAACAGAAGAUGGAGAAACCCUUGCAGCUGGUUUGUAACAAGGAUGGGAAGCUGCACCUGAAUCCAGAGGCUCUGAAUUACCUCCAGUCCAUCGAGAAACCAAUGGUUGUUGUGUCUGUGGUUGGUGCUGCUCGUUCAGGGAAGUCCUACCUCAUGAACUGUCUUGCGGGAAACAAUUAUGGAUUCUCAGUGGAUUCAUCUGUCCAGGCUCACACCAAAGGAAUCUGGAUGUGGUGUCGAUCCCUCCCUCAAAGACCCAAUGAGGUCCUCCUGUUGUUGGACACUGAGGGUCUGGGUGAUCCUGAGAAGGGAGACAUCCACAAUGAUCAUUUCAUCUAUUCACUGGCGGUCCUUCUGAGCAGCGUCCUCAUUUACAAUGGCCAAAGAAACAUAGACCAGCAAUCCCUGCAAGACCUACAUUUUGUGACUGAACUCUCUAAGCGGAUCCAAAUGAAGUCCCAGCCUGAUGGCUCUGACAAUUGGGACUUUGUCCGUUUCUUCCCUGAAUUUGUCUGGGUGAUCCGUGAUUUGACACUGAAGUUGGAAAUCAAUGGAAAACCUAUGACUCCGGAUGACUACCUGGAGCACAGUCUGAAACUGAAGGACGGUGAGAUCAGUGAGCAGGACAAAAAAUAUAAUGAACUUCGCAGAUGUAUCCGUAAUAAUUUCCCCUCACGUUGUUGCUUUGCAUUGCCCAUGCCCACACACGUGAAUUUUCUCAACGACCUCCAGAAACUGGAGGACUGUGAUCUGAAUGAGGAUUUCUUCUGGAAGCGGAAGGACCUCAUCAAUUACAUUCACAGUCACAAGAGAGUGAAGAGACUUCCUGGGGGUCAGCUGGUCACAGGCAGGAGAUUUGCUGAAUUGACAAGGGCAUACAUGGCCAUGAUGGCGGAUGGGAUCCUACCAUGUGUGGAAGGCAGUGUUGCCAGGUUAACGGAGGUGGAAAACCAAGCAGCGGUAGCCGAAGCCCUGAAAUUCUAUGACGAUGAAAUGAAAAAAUUAUCAGAAUCUGACGAUCUUACUAUGAGCAAGCUCAUAGAGAAUUACCUUAUGAAUAGCAGAAAAGCAUUUGAUAUCUUCCGCAGAAGAUCUAUGAAUGACAACAUUUGCGAAUACAUCCAACAGCUGGAGGAGAAAAUGAGUUCUACUUACGAGUUUCUCCUGGCCAAGAUCAAGGAAAAGUCACAAAAGGAAUGUGAGACACAUCUACAAAGAGUAAUGUCAUCAAUAACAUCAAACCUGACAUCUAGACAUUACCAGAGACCUGGUGGUUUCCAGGAGCUGAAGAAGGAUCUUGAUAAGGCCAUUGAGGAGUAUGAAGAAAGGACUAAGAACGAGAUGGAGUCGCAUGCUGUCUUGACACACUUCCUGAAAAAGGAAAAACACCGAAUAGACCAUGUAAAGGAGAUGGACAUCAGGUUGACAGAGGAAGAAAAGCAUGCCUCUGAUUUGGAAAAGAAGCUCUCAUGGAUGAAUCAGGAGAUGGAGAAUAAGGAGCAGGAGAGAAAGGCGGCUGAGAAAGAAAGGGCUAAGGAGAUCAUGGAACAGAUUAUGAAAAAGUUUGAGGAGGAUAAAAACUACAAUGUGGAGGAGCUGAAGCAAGCCAUGGAGCAUAUGAAGAGCGAAGUGAAGAAAUACAAAGAUGAGGGCAGGAAGGAGGAGGCACAAAGGACUCAGCAGAUAUACGAGUACCUGGAGAAGCAAUAUAAAAAGGCAAAAAUCAUGAGUGUCUGGGAUUUCUUAGGACGUCCAGUUCACUACUUGAAAGGCUGUCUGAAAUAUAUACUUUACCUUAUAUUACCAUAAGACCACAAGAAAUAGGAGCAGAAUUAGGCUAUUUGGCCCAUUGAGUCUGCUCCACCAUUUUAUCAUGGCUGAUUCAUUUUUUUCCUCUCGGACCUAUUCUCCUGCCUUCUCCCCAUAUUCCUUUAUUCCCUGAGCUAUCAAUCUCUGCCUUAAAUGUACAUAUAGACUUGGCCAGCACAACAGUCUGCAGUAAUGAAUCCCAUCAAUUCAUCAUUCUUUAGCUAAAGAAACUCCUCUUCUUUUUCAUUCUAAAAGUAUGCACCUCUAUUUCAAGGCUGUUUCCUCUUCUCUUCGACCCUCCGUCCAUCAGAAACAUCCUCUCCACAUCCACUCUAUCAAGGCCAUUCACUAUCCGAUAGAUUUCAAUGAGGUCACACCUCAUUCUUCUUAAAUCCAGUGAAUACAGGCCCAGAGCCAUCAAAUGUUUUUCAUAUGACAAGUUAAUCAAACAUGGGCAAACACAAGGAAAUCGGCAGAUGCUGGAAAUCCAAACAACACACACAGAAUGCUGGUGGAACACAGCAGGCUAGGCAGCAUCUAUAGAGAGAAGCGCUGUCGACGUUUCGGGCCGAGACCCUUCGAAGAGUCCUGACAAAAGGUCUCGGCCCAAAAUGUCAACAGUUUCAGCACAUCGCUUCUAAGAUAAGGUGCCUAAAACUGCUCACAAUACUCCAAAUGAGGCUUCACCAGUUAUAAAGUCUCAACAUUACAUCCUUGCUUUUAUAUUCUAGUCCUCUUGAAAUUAAUGCUAACAUCGCAUUUGUCUUCCUCACCGCAGACUCAACCUGCAAAUUAACCUUUCAGGAAUCCUAUACAAGCACUGCCAAGUCCUCUUGUGCCACAGUUUGUUGUAUUUUCUCUCCAUUUAGAAACUAGCCAACCCUUUCAUUUCUUCUACUAAAGUAGAAUCGAUACACUUCCCCAUACUGUGUUCCAUCUGCCACUUCUUUGCCCUUCUUUGCCCAUUCUCCUAAUCUGUCUAAUUUCUUCUGUAGCCUCUCUUCUACCUCAAAACUACCUGCCCCAUCACCUCUGUUCAUAUCGUCUACAAACGUUGCAACAAAGACAUCAAUUCCAUCAUUCCAAUCAGAUAAUGUUAAAAGAAUCAGUUCCAACACAGAUCCUGGUGGAACACCACUAGAUACCGACAGUCAACCAGAAAAGGCUCCCUUUAUUUCCACUCUUUACUUUCUGCCAAUCAGCCAUUCCCAUAUUCAGGCUAGAAUCUUUCCUGUAAUUCCAUGGGCUCAAAGCUUGUUUAGCUUCAUGUAUGGCACCUCGUCAAAGGC